CGCAUUCCGCGCCUAGUUCUCCCAUAGGUCCGCGUGUGGUUGAGUUUCUGGCAGACAUGUGCAAAACUGUUUCUGGUAGGGCUACAUAAGACCCUGAAAGUGUACUGUUAUAAAACGCCGAUAAGGCGAUUAUUUAACAUCUCCAGUCUGUUUUCUCCGAGGUUCAGAACACCAACCAUGGCUCCCACAAUACACGAACCUUCACAGGCUGCAGGUGACGUUAAACUGAGCCUAGAGGAUGAGAUUACAGAGCUGCUGAAGCAGAGGAUCAUGGUGCUGGACGGUGGCAUGGGCACAAUGAUCCAGCAGCACAAGUUGGAGGAAGAUGACUUCAGGGGAGAAGAAUUCAAGAACCACAUGAAAAGCCUAAAGGGGAACAACGACCUCCUGAGCAUAACGCAGCCUGACAUUAUCUACAAAAUUCACUGUGACUACUUGUUUGCUGGAGCCGAUUUCAUUGAAACAAAUACUUUCAGUAGCACAAGUGUUGCACAGGCUGACUACGGGAUGGAACAUUUGGCCUAUCGUCUGAAUAAGGUUUCAGCAGAACUAGCCCGGAAAGCAGCUGAUAAUGUUACUGCCAAAACAGGUAUCAAGAGAUACGUUGCGGGAGCUGUCGGGCCUACAAACAAGACUUUGUCCGUAUCGCCUUCUGUGGAAAGACCAGACUACAGAAACAUAACUUUUGAGGAAUUGGUAGAAACGUACACAGAGCAGACCAAAGGCCUCCUGGAUGGCGGGGUGGAUGUAUUGUUAGUGGAAACCAUUUUCGAUACUGCCAAUGCCAAGGCUGCUCUCUUUGCAAUUGAUAAGCUCUUUGAAGAAAAAUAUGAGACACGGCCCAUAUUUAUUUCGGGAACAAUCGUGGAUAAGAGUGGACGAACCCUUUCCGGACAGACGGGAGAGGCCUUUGUCAUCAGUGUGUCAAACGCAAAUCCUCUUUGUAUUGGAUUAAACUGUGCCCUCGGAGCGACUGAAAUGAGACCAUUCAUUGAAGCAAUUGGAAAAUCCACAACCUCCUAUAUUUUAUGUUAUCCUAAUGCAGGUCUUCCUAAUACUUUUGGGGGCUAUGAUGAAACUCCUGAAUUGACUGCAAGGCAUUUGAAGGAGUUUGCAAUGGAUGGAUUGGUCAACAUUGUUGGUGGCUGCUGUGGAACUACUCCAGCACAUAUCCGGGAAAUUGUGGAAGCGGUCAAGCACUGCAAACCCAGAGUUCCACCGUCUUCGGUGUUUCAAGACUACAUGCUACUGUCAGGACUGGAACCUUUCCGAAUUGGUCCGUACACCAACUUUGUCAAUAUCGGAGAGCGCUGCAAUGUUGCAGGAUCAAGAAAGUUUGCUAAACUGAUUAUGACAGGUAAUUAUGAGGAAGCUCUCAGCAUAGCUAAAGCUCAGGUAGAGAUGGGUGCCCAAGUUCUGGAUAUCAACAUGGAUGAAGGCAUGCUAGAUGGAAAGAGCGCAAUGGCUCGAUUCUGCAAACUUAUUGCGUCUGAGCCAGAUAUUGCCAGGGUGCCUCUGUGCAUUGACUCGUCCAACUUCGCUGUGAUCGAGGCGGGGCUGAAGUGCUGCCAGGGGAAGUGCAUUGUAAACAGCAUCAGCCUGAAGGAGGGGGAGGAGGAGUUCCUGGAGAGGGGGAGGAUCAUCCGGCGUUUCGGGGCAGCUGUUGUCAUCAUGGCUUUUGACGAAGAGGGGCAGGCCACUGAGACUGAACACAAAAUCCAGGUGUGCACAAGGGCCUACAAUUUACUGGUUAGCAAAGUAGGGUUUAACCCCCAGGAUAUCAUCUUUGACCCGAACAUCCUGACAAUUGGAACAGGGAUGGAGGAGCACAAUAUGUAUGGCAUCAACUUUAUGAAAGCUACAAAACUGAUAAAGGAAACUCUGCCGGGAGCCAGAGUGAGUGGAGGCCUUUCCAAUCUGUCUUUCUCCUUCCGGGGGAUGGAAGUUAUCCGUGAAGCAAUGCACGGAGUGUUCCUGUACCACGCCAUCAAGGAUGGGAUGGACAUGGGAAUAGUAAACGCAGGCAACCUGCCAGUUUAUGACGACAUUGACAAGGAGCUUUUAGAGCUGUGUGAGAACCUGAUCUGGAACAGAGAUCCAGAAGCAACAGAUAAACUGUUACUUUAUGCACAGAAUCAUACCAAAGGAGGGAAGAAAGUGGUCCAAACUGAUGAGUGGAGAUUUCUUCCUGUGGAAGAGAGACUGGAAUACUCGCUGAUUAAGGGCAUUGAAAAGUAUGUGGUUGAAGAUACUGAAGAGGCGAGGUCUAACCAUGAGAAGUACACCCGGCCGCUGCAUGUCAUUGAAGGGCCCCUGAUGAAUGGCAUGAAAGUUGUUGGGGACUUGUUUGGUGCUGGGAAAAUGUUCCUGCCACAGGUGAUAAAAUCGGCUCGUGUCAUGAAGAAAGCGGUUGGGUACCUCAUCCCGUUCAUGGAGAAGGAGAGGGAGGAGAUGAUGGCUGCUUCCGGCUCCACUGAAGAAACUGAUCCUUAUCAAGGUACAGUGGUGCUGGCCACUGUAAAGGGAGAUGUACAUGACAUAGGGAAAAACAUUGUAGCAGUGGUAAUGGGCUGCAACAACUUCAGAGUGAUUGAUUUAGGGGUCAUGACACCCUGUGAUAAGAUACUAAGGGCUGCAGUGGAAAACAAAGCAGAUUUCAUUGGCCUGUCUGGCCUGAUCACGCCCUCUUUAGAUGAGAUGAUACAUGUCGCUAAGGAAAUGGAAAGACUGGGAAUGAAAACACCUUUGCUGAUUGGAGGAGCAACCACCUCCAGAACCCACACUGCUGUGAAAAUUGCUCCAAGAUACAGCUGUCCUGUCGUCCACGUGCUGGAUGCAUCCAGGAGUGUUGUGGUGUGCUCGCAGCUUUUGGAUGAAAAUGUCAAAGACGAGUACUUUGAAGAAAUAACAGAGGAAUAUGAGGAUAUUAGACAAGACCACUAUGACACUCUUAAAGACAGACGGUUUUGGUCUUUGGAACAAGCCAGAGGAAAAGGAUUACAUAUAGACUGGCUUUCACACCCCAAACCAGUCCGGCCUACUUUUGUUGGUAGCCGCGUGUUUGACGACUAUGAUCUGCACAAGCUGGUGGAUUACAUAGACUGGAAGCCUUUCUUUGAUGUGUGGCAGCUGAGGGGCAAGUACCCAAACAGAGGAUAUCCAAAGAUCUUUAAGGACAAAACUGUAGGUGAGGAAGCAAAGAAUGUCUUCAAAGAUGCACAGAAACUGCUGAACACACUGAUUGACAACAAGAAGAUCCAGGCUAAGGGACUAGUUGGGUUCUGGCCAGCACAGAGUGUUGGGGAUGACAUUCACGUUUACGCAGAAGACGUGAUGCCUCGCAGUGGAGAGCCAGUGGCUAAAUUCCAUGGCUUGCGGCAACAGGUGGAAAAGGACUCUUCCAGCACAGACCCUUACUACUGCCUCUCAGAUUUCGUGGCUCCCCUGCAGAGUGGAGUUCCGGAUUACAUCGGCCUCUUUGCAGUCGCUUGUUUCGGAGCCGAAGAGCUGAGCAAAGAGUUUGAGAAACAUUACGAUGACUACAACAGCAUCAUGGUCAAGGCACUAGCCGACAGAUUGGCAGAGGCGUUUGCAGAGGAACUUCACCACAGGGUUCGCAGGGAGCUCUGGGGCUAUGAUUGCAGGGAGCAGCUUGAAGCCUCCGACAUGCACAAAGUCCGAUACGAGGGUAUAAGGCCGGCACCCGGCUAUCCGAGCCAGCCCGAUCACACCGAGAAGCUGAGCAUGUGGAACCUAGCUGGCAUUGAGGAGAAAACAGGAAUCCAGCUUACUGAAUCCCUAGCUAUGACGCCAGCUGCUGCAGUGUCUGGACUGUACUUCUCCAGCCCCAAAUCCACAUAUUUUGCAGUUGGUAAAAUCACAAAGGAACAGGUUCAAGACUAUGCUUUGAGAAAACAGGUAUCUACAGCUGAAAUAGAGAAGUGGCUGGGACCUAUUCUGGGAUAUGACGACACAGAGUAGCUUGAUUUUUAACUUUUUGUUUUGGGCAAAAACACUACAGAAUUAGGGAGGGUCUUAACUACUGAAAUGUUAAGUUUACAGUUUUAAAUACUAGUUUAAGUGCCAAUUUGAAAUGUUCUUUUAACUGGAAAAGUAAUGAUUUGAAGUGUGGAACAAGUGUCUGUAAUUGGACUAAGGGUACUGCAAACACAUAAGGUCACCACUGCCCAAAAAGUAUUUAAUUUUAUUUCAGCUAAUUUCAUUUUGAAGACACACACACAUUACCUGUAUUAUUGCAUGAUAGAAUUUACUUCUCUUGGGGUGCAAGAAUAACACUGCCUUUUGGGACAUUUAUUUAGAAUGGACUAUGUACAGCUUUCUGGCCCUUUAGAGAACGUGUAAAUCAUGCUCCUGCACUUGAAUGGCAAACCAUUUAAACCAAGCAGAGAUUGACCUGCUCGCUUUCUAGUCCUGUGGAUUCCGGAACUACACAAAAGUGGACGUGCCUGUUUUUUCACUGCUGUAAUAACCUGCAGCCCAAAAUCUAAUGGCAUGUAUUUAUUUUGCAUUUUUUUUUAGCAUCCUGUUCAUUUUGCAGUGUUUUAUUAACUUUGUUUUUAUUUUAAUGAUGUAUUAAACUGCCUCUCCACUUGCAUCUUGUGAUGUGUAUGUUAAAACACUUUUCUGCCUAUUUUGAGGUUAAAAAAAACAAAUAUGCAAAUGUGUUUGUAUUUUUUCUUGAUUUAUUAAAAUUGAUUUUUGUAAAAUGUGAA